CUUGUUGCCCUUCACAAAGAGUCUUCCCUUCAUCUGCCAUCCAAACUCUUGUAUCGUUGUCUGGCUAUAACUGACUUGUUGGUUGGUCUGGUUACUCAGCCUCUCUUUGUUACCUAUUGGAUGUCCGUGGUUCAUGAACACAGGAGUCUUUGUCGAUACUCAUUCCAAGCAGCCUUCGUCACAGGCCAUACGUUAAUUUCAGUGUCUUUGUCGACGGUGACGGCCAUAAGUGUUGACCGACCUCUCGCCAUGCUGUUAGGACUCAGAUACAAAGAGAUUGUAACUUCGAGGCGCAUGUAUAUCAUUUUAGUAAUCGCUUGGGCUUUCUCUCUAGUCGCUGUACAAAUUGCUAUCAGUUUUAGUAAAAACCGAUUUCCAAAUUUCAUUAUACUCAGAGGAAUGGCAGUUGUCAUAGUUUUCUUUAACUCCACAUUAAACCCGUUCCUUUACUGCUGGAGGAUCAGUGAGGUGAGAAAAGCAGUAAAGCAGACAAUCAGACACGCAAUCUGCUAUGCAUAGGGUUGACUUUGUUUGGACGGUUGUGUGAAACUAUUUAAAGAUACGGCUGUAAGGAGAGAGUAGAAGAUAUGCC